AUGAUUAAGACAAAAUCUUCAUUAGUUCACACAAUUAAAUCAUCCAUUGAAAGUAUUGUUUCAACAAGAGAAUCUAAAUUCACUCCUCAAGUAAAGAGCAAAUUAUCUAAGGUUGCAAAGCAUAUGACAAAAACAAAGAAUAGAUUAAGAAACAUUUGGGACUUAAUAUUACAAGGUGCUUCAAAUCAAAUGGACAAUUCAAUACAAUCAGCAUAUAAAAGUAUUGUCAAAUGUGAAAGCGACAUGAAUCAUUUGCUUACAUUAUAUCCAAACAACAGAUUUACAGUAAGACAAUAUGCAAAGUUCCUUCUCGAAGUUAAAUGUGAUGUUAUGUCAUACAAGAAAUGCAUGGAUGACGUUGGAAGAUUACAAAGAGGAAUGAGAAUAUCUCCAGAUGUUGUUCAUGAAUUAGGAAUCAAUGCUUUUCCAACAUUACCUGAUAAUUCAAUUGAGAUCCAAGAAAUGUCUAUCAAGAGUACAACACUCAAACAGAGAACGAAAUGA